AUGACCGGCACUAUGAAGCAGUGGUACAUCGAGAAGCGCGACGGCAAGCUCGACUCGCUCAAGCUCCGCGAGGUGCCGAAGCCCAAGCCCGGACCCGGCCAGGCUCUCUCGCUCAACUACCGCGACCAUGUGAUCCUGCACGACGCCUACGGCUUCCCCAUCAAGGACGACGUCGUGCCCAUCUCGGACGGUGCCGGCGAGAUUGUCGCCGUCGGCGAGUGCGUCACGAAGUGGCAGGCCGGCGACCGCGUCAUGGCCAUCUUCUCCCAAGGACACCAGGACGGCCUUGUCACAGACGAGGACGGAACGACCUCCCUCGGCGGAGCGAUUGAUGGUAUGGCCCAGCAGUUCAUCGCGCUCGACCAGACCGGCGUCGUCCGCAUUCCCGAGAAGUACUCGUUCGCCCAGGCUGCCUCCCUCCCCUGCGCGGCUGUUACGGCCUGGAACUCGCUCUACGGCCUUGAGGGUCGCCAGCUCCUCACUGGCCAGACUGUCGUUACCCAGGGUACUGGUGGUGUCUCACUCUUCGGCGUCCAGUUCGCCAAGGCCGCCGGAGCGCGCGUCAUCGCCACGACCUCCUCGUCCGAGAAGGAGGCGAUGCUGAAGAAGAUGGGUGCCGACCACGUCGUGAACUACAAGACGACGCCUCAGUGGGGUGCGGAGGUGAAGAAGCUCGUCCCCGGCGGCGCGCACCACAUCAUCGAGGUCGGCGGCCCGGGUACGCUCGAGCAGUCGCUCGCUUCGGUGCGCCGCGAGGGCGUCAUCAGCAUGAUUGGCUUCGUCGCCGGCGAGGGCAAGACGCCCGACCUCCUCCAGACCCUCCUCAAGACCUGCAUCGUCCGUGGUAUCUGGAUCGGAAGCCGCAAGCAGGCCGAGCAGGUCGUUGACGCUAUCAAUGUCAAUGGCAUCGAGCCGACUAUCGACCAGACGACCUUCAAGUUCGAGGACCUCCCGAAGGCUUACGACCACCUCGCCAACGCGCGCCAUGUCGGCAAGAUCAUCGUCAACAUUGAGUAG